CUUGCUCACACAAUGGAAGAUGAAAUAGAGAAAGGUGAAUUACCAAAGCAAAUAAAGUAUAGAGGAGUGAGAACAAGGCCAUGGGGAAAAUUUGCAGCCGAGAUUCGAGAUUCGACUAGGCAUGGUGCUCGAGUUUGGCUCGGUACAUUCAACACGGCUAAAGAAGCCGCAAGAGCUUAUGAUCGCGCUGCGUUUGAUAUGAGAGGUUCUUCGGCUAUUCUAAACUUUCCUCAUGAACAUUUUCCAAGCCAUGUAGCUUAUAAUCCUACUAAGUCAUCUUCUUUAUCCUCCUCCUCAUCCACUUCGUCGUCGUCGUCAUCGUCAUCAUCUUCAAAAGUUAAAUCAGAAGGUGGUGAACAAGUCAUAGAGUUUGAGUAUCUAGAUGAAAAAUUGUUAGAGGAACUUUUGGAUUGUGAGAAUACCAUCAAUAACAACUAGAAGAUGGUGAACAAGUCAUAGAGUUUGAGUAUCUAGAUGAAAAAUUGUUAGAGGAACUCUUGGAUUGUGAGAAUACCAUCAAUAACAACUAGAAGGUGGUGAAUAAGUCAUAGAGUUUGAGUAUCUAGAUGAAGAAUUGUUAGAGGAACUCUUGGAUUAUGAGAAUACCAUCUAUCACAACUGGUUCAACUAGGAGUUAACUAGUUAAAAUGGUACUUAAAUAUUAAUUUAAUACUUUAUACUCAAA